UUGCUCUUGUCUCUGUCAAGAACUCAGCCAAAUCCCAAAAACAGUAACAUGGCAUUCAAGUUUGUUUUCGCACUCGCCUUCGUCGCGUUGACCAGCGCUGGCUAUGUGCCCGAGGCUUAUCACGCAGCUGCUCCGGUUGCCACCUAUGGUGCCCCCCUGGCUGUGGCCCAGAAGGUGGUAGUCAAGUCCGAUGAGACCUACGAUCCCCAUCCCCAGUACCGCUUCUCGUACGGCGUCGACGAUAAACUGACUGGCGACUCCAAAGGUCAGGUGGAGGAGCGCGAUGGUGAUGUGGUCCGUGGCGAGUACUCGCUGGUGGAUGCCGAUGGUUACAAGCGCACUGUCCAGUACACCGCCGAUCCCGUCAACGGCUUCAACGCUGUGGUCAAUCGUGAGCCCCUCGUCAAGGCCGUCGCCGUUGCUCCUGUUGUGAAGACCAUUGCCGCUGCUCCAGUUGCUCACUAUGCUGCCCCCGCUUUGGUCAAGACAGUUGCUCCCGCCUACUCCGCCUAUGCUGCUCCAGCUCCAGUGGCCCACUAUGCUGCCCCAGCUGUUGUUAAGACUGUCGCUCCUGCUUACUCCACCUAUGCAGCGCCUGCUCCAGUUGCUCAUUAUGCUGCUCCAGCUGUCCACUAUGCUGCUCCAGCUGUCGUCAAGGCCGUCGCUCCAGUUGCUCACUACUCCGCCCCCGCUCAGGUCGCACACUAUGCUGCACCAGCGGCCCACUAUGCCACUUACUCCGCUCCUGCCGUCGCCUACCAUCACUAA